CUGUUAGACUUGAGCCAGUGUGUGUGAAUCCUUUCCGUUCACUUCUUGAAUAAAUUGAGUAUUCCAAGAAUAUUUGUAGUUUUUCACGUCUCUGUGCGUUAUUUUUGUUGUUUUGUUUAGGCUGGAGGUUCAGAUGUCCAAUAAUAUUUAAAAUAAAUUUGCAUCAAUAACUAUUUUUCAUGUAUGAAAAAAGUAGAAAUCCGUUUCAGAUAUAUGAAGAGUUAAAACACCAUUUCUGUUGUCAUCAUUUCAGUCCUGUAGAUGGAGACAUUGUCAAUCGUUGAAUUUGGACAUUCAUAAAUCGUUUAAUUGGUAAUAAAAACUCUAUGCGUGUCCACACAGCUGACACAAGUCCCCACGGAACCGGUCCGAGCCAAACCGAAUGGGUCGCAUUAUUCCUCCACCUUGGGGCUGUCGGUGCUCCACCUGGAUCAGGUGAUGUGUGCGGCUGCUGCUGCUUCAUUGAUACCGGCGUUAUGAGUGGAUGGGACAGAGAGGUGCCUCGGUGUUCCUAAUCCUCUUAGCGGUAUUAUGCUGAGCCUCGUUCCUGCGCUGUCAUGCGGUGCGCCCUUCUGGUCUCCGUAACAGCCGGAGUCAGCAUCUCUGCGUCCGUUACGCACAGCUUGAGGGACGGCGGAGCGGUCGGCUGUCCUGGUUGAAGCUGCCUGCUGUAGACAUGAAACACACUUUGCACCUGAUUCUUCUCCAUUAGUGGCAUCUUCCAGCCACAGAAGGGUGCAGGAGGAAUCAGGGAAUGCAUCUGACAUAACUUCCUGUUGGGAGUCCAUGAAAACAUGCAGUCACCUCAUAGGAGGGGACUCAGGCGCCAGCGCCUCCUCUUCUUCAUCUCAGGUGUGGUACUGUGUUUCGUCUACAUGCUGAGUCUGAAAUCCAGGCUGUCGUGGUCACAAGCCUCCAUCCAGACUGAUGGACCUGCUGCAGCAGAAGGUGUUGUGGAGGUCAACAUCCGGGAGGUGAGGGCAUCCAAUAACACUGAGGAGGAGCAGGAGGAGGUUCCUCCUCAUGUGAUUCUUGUCAACAGGACAGAUAUUGAACAGUGCAUCUAUGUGGAUCAUCAGCCUCCCAGACCACCUCCAACAUCUCCACCGCCAAGCACCACAGCUCUGCCCCUCCACCCACUCCAGCCUCCUCACAUGGAGGGGGACUACCCACAGGACAUCUUCUCAGUGGAGCAGAGAAGACAAGGCUGGGUGGCCCUGCACGUUAUAGGCAUGACCUACAUGUUUGUCGCUCUGGCCAUAGUUUGUGAUGAGUUCUUUGUUCCAGCCCUAGAGGUCAUCACCAACAAGCUGGAGAUCUCAGACGAUGUGGCCGGAGCCACCUUCAUGGCAGCUGGAGGCUCUGCCCCAGAGCUCUUCACCUCCCUGAUUGGUGUCUUCAUCUCCCACAGCAACGUGGGCAUCGGCACCAUCGUGGGCUCAGCUGUCUUCAACAUCCUGUUUGUGAUCGGAAUGUGUGCCAUCUUCUCCAGGGAGAUGCUACACCUGACCUGGUGGCCGCUCUUCAGGGACGUGACCUUCUACAUCCUGGACCUCAUCAUGCUUAUCGUCUUCUUCUUGGACAACACCAUCCUGUGGUGGGAGAGCAUAUUGUUGGUGCUGGGCUAUGUCAGUUAUGUAACCUUCAUGAAGUUCAACAGUCAGAUUGAGCAGAUGGUCAAAAGCCAACUCAACAAGCACAUGAGCAUCGUGAAGGUGUGGACCUCAGAGGAGCCAGCGAAGGACAGCGAGCCUGCACCUCCUCUUCAUCCUCCACCUCCACUGCCACCUCCUGCUCCUGUUUCUGCUGCUCCACAAAAAUCUGAAAGCAAAUCCAAACCUGAAGCUGCUGCACCUCCUGGAAGCCUUCAGCAGCCAGACACACAGGAGGACAGAGCUAGGCUCCGGGUGCAUCCCGUGUUGCAGCGAGGGGGCAGCUCGGCUUCCCUCCACAACACCUCCCUGAGGAGCACCAUCUUCCAGUUGAUGAUCCACACUCUGGACCCCCUAGGAGAAGAAGCAGCUCUUAGAAGAACUGUUAAAAACACACGACCAAAGAAAAUAAGAGAAGAGACAUCCUUUAAUGGUGAUGUAAAAGGGGAGGGGCUUGUUCAGAAGAAAGCAAAAAACAAAGUAAAACCUUUGGGCAUCCCGAUGACAGAAAACCCCCAGAACGACUCACAUCACCACCCUGCUGAAGAUGAAGCUCAGGAGCCAAAGUCGGAGGCGAGUGCAGCUUCUGGAACACCAGAGGGCGUGGCAGUCGAGCCCUCCACCUCACAGCCGCCAGCGGAGGAAGAAAAAGCACAAGAGUCAAAGGCUGUGGCAGCAUCAGUGGGUGGGUCUGAUGGCUCGCAGGGCAGUGGGGAGGAGGAGGACGAUGAGGAGGAAAGCAGUGACUCCUGUGAGAGCGAAGAUGAGGAAGAUGAUGAGGAAGAUGAUCAGAAUAAGGAAAACAAAGAAGAGAAGGAGGAAGAGGAGAAUGAGCCUCUGUCUUUAGAGUGGCCCACAACGCCCCGCAAACAGGUCACCUACCUGUUCCUGCUCCCCAUCGUACUCCCGCUUUGGCUCACGCUGCCGGACGUCCGCAACCCGCCAUCCAGGAGAUUCUUCAUCGCCACGUUUAUUGGCUCCAUCUUUUGGAUCGGGAUCUUCUCCUACCUGAUGGUGUGGUGGGCUCACCAGGUGGGAGAGACAGUGGGCAUCUCAGAGGAAAUCAUGGGUCUGACCAUCCUGGCAGCGGGGACGUCCAUCCCAGACCUCAUCACCAGUGUGAUCGUGGCUCGGAAAGGUCUGGGAGACAUGGCCGUGUCCAGCUCAGUGGGCAGUAACAUCUUUGACAUCACAGUUGGUCUUCCAGUACCGUGGCUCAUCUACACUCUCCUCCACAAUGGCAAACCGGUGACCGUCAGCUCCAACGGCCUUUUCUGUGCAAUCGUGCUGCUCUUCCUGAUGCUUCUCUUCGUCAUCAUCUCCAUUGCCGCCUGUCGCUGGAAGAUGAGCAAAAUGCUGGGCAUCACCAUGUUCGUACUGUACUUUGUGUUCCUCAUCCUCAGCGUGCUGCUGGAGGACCGUGUCCUCAUCUGCCCCAUUUCCAUCUGAGCCGACAGGCUCCGUGGAACCGUUGACGAGUCCUUCUGAUGGGACUGGUUCUGUGAGUGGGUUCCUGAAACAUUUACCACCAUGUUCCUUCGUUAGAACUCGCAUCAUAAAACAUUUUAUACCAAAGUUUGUUUACAGUUUCGUUUGAUGAGUUAAAACAUAAAGAAAAGAAAAAUGAAAAGCUUCAAUCUACUCAAAAUGACACGUUUAACCUUUUAUGUUUUUAUUUGUAUGAACAACCUGGCCGGUGUUAACCUUGUGAGUGCCACUAGAGGGAGCACACACCCCCCCAGAACCAGUGUGAUUAAAGGCCAAGUUCACUGAUUUCUUUGUGAGUAGGGAUGGACAGUAUAAAAAAAACAGAUCAAUAAAGAAAAUUCAUGUUGACCGAUAUAAAUAAUUAUUGAUAAAUAUAAAAAAUGUAGAAAAUAUAUUUUACAUGCAGCCCUGGCUACUCUGUCAUUACUCUAGACAAAACUAGUUGGAUGUGUUACCAGAUCUUGUCUCAUUCUCAGCAAAUUUUGCAGAAGAUCAUUGUUUGUUUAUUGUCAGACUCAUAAAAAUCUAAAAUAUUUCCAUGCUGGUGAACAACUGUAACAUUUUUGGGACAACUUCCUCCGCCUCUCCUUGCAACAACAUCUUGUUUAAGUUAGCUACCGCUUGUUUAGGUUUGAGAGGGGAGCGCUUAGUGACAGAGCAGACUGGGUCUGAGUUUGAUGGGUUGGGAGUGAGUAAUGACUCUAGUAUCAAGCUACUCGAUAGGCUAUAAUUAGAUAGUACAUGGCCUGUAUUUGUAUAAUGCCUUCUUAGGGUUCUAGGCGCUUCACAAUACAAUCAGUCAUCCAUCCAUUCACACGCACAUUCACAUACUCGUGAUGAUGAGCUCCAUUGUAGCCACAGCUGCCCUGGGGCGCGCUGACAGUGACGGACUGCUGGACACAGGCACCACCAGUCCCUCCGACCACCACCAGCAGGAAAGUCAGGUUAAGUGUCUUGCCCAAGGACACAACAGCAGCAUUCUCUGGUCAGAACCAGGAUCGAACCUGCAACCUUCCAAUUACUGGACAACCCGCUCUACCUCCUGAGCUACUGCUGUCCCUGAAACAAAGAAAGGGAACUUUUAUAGAAGUUUUUAACCCAUUUUUGUUCUGUCGCACCACACGUCUAUCAGUAGAUAUAGAUCAUUAUGGAAUUACUUUCCAGACCUACGUGUGAGUCGGUCUCUAAGGGAAAAAAGCUCUGGUGCUUCGUUUUCAGGUACUGGAAGUGAGCUGGAGCACAGAUGAGCGGAACACGGCAGGAUUUGGACUCUUACCCCAGUUUCACACUGGAAGCAUCAAGCGGUGUGGAACGGCAGCGGAACGUUUUACUCGUGAGCUUCGAUGCGGUCCAUUUCACACCCGAGGAGUCUUGGCCAUGGCCAACUUCAAAGGUCACGGUUUGUUUAAGCCAUCCACCAUUAAACAAAAAGGACCAAAAAGAAAGGAAAUCACAUUUGAUAUUGCCAGGAUUAAAGCCAUGAAAACACACCUCUGCACUUCUGGACUGAUGCUGGGAGUAAAUAAGUCGUUGGGUCACACGUAAGCUUCAUAUACUGUAUAUGAAAUCGCAUUGCUGCAGUACUUUUAUUUUGGGAAAAUACCAGGGACUUUACACUGAAACAGUGUGGGAUUUCUUGUCUAGCCCUGUGUUAACUGCAGAAAAUGAUGCGUCCAAGGAGCGGCUCGCUGCAAACAUAGAACCUGAUCCUAUCUUUAGCGGCGCGGUGUGCCACUUCUGGGAUGCGCCUGAAAAUUGCUGCAUCGCUGCUGGGUUGAAACACUCCAUAGACUCUGUUUGAAGCAGCGACGUUCCGCUGCCAUUCCACGCCAUGCUUUCAGUGUGAAAACGGCUUUAUUUCCUGAUAUUCGUACAUCUCGCCUCUGAUUGGAUAACACCAACACAGCUCUAUCACUGAAUAUGUUUCCUUUGCAACAUUGAUAUUUUAUCUCCACAAAUAACACAAGCCUGAAGGAGUUCUGCUGUGUGAGGGAGUUGCUAAUGGUAACAGUUAGCUUUUACUAUUCGAGACGUUCUCUGCGGUUUCCUGGGCACUAAACCAAUAACAGCCUUCCCCGCCAAGAUGGGUGAAUCCAUGAACGUCAAUGUUGACAUCAUAACGUCUAUAUGUAGGCUUAUCUACUCCGAACGUCCCCUUGUGUAUUUCCUUUUUCAGCCUCUAAAGCAGGAAAUGGGGGAAGACCAUUUUCAUGUUCAGCCUGCAUGUGAAACUCAGAGUGGCUGAUCGUGUUUAAAAAUAACAAAUAAAAAUGGUUUCUCAGUGAACUUGCUCUUUAAAGGACCUUUAUUGGAUGAUGUGCUAAAGGACAACUCCACCCUACAAAUAGCUUUUUUAGAUUUAAUCACAAAGAUUUUUGUUGGAUUCAUUCGCUGUAAAUGAAGAGAACUUUUUACAGUGAAGAUCCCUUCAGAACCCAGACACAAAAAAUACGAGUGGUAUGUAAGCAUGUAUCUAAAGUGUUUCAUAUAGGACAUCGUUUUUGUGUUUAGGACUCAGUUGUAGCUUUUGUGAUGAGAUGUGACAUCACUGUUGUCUACCCUUUAUAAAUGAAGGUUUAACAGGGCUACAGCUGAGCUCUGACAGACCAACUGGGAGUAGCGUGUUUUUCCUUUAAAACAUUCCCUGAAGUGACCGCCUGGUUCAUUAUCACCUCCAUCCCAGCAGCUACAGGAUCACUGUGCAGCAAAUCCAACCUGUGGAUGCAACUGGAGUUACGUUCCGUCUUCAUCGCUGUUCCGUACUUUAUCUAACUCGUAUUUGUUCAUGUUUACUGUAUGACAGGCAUCUCUUUCCUGUGUGGACAGAAAUGUGUUGGAGAGAAUCGUUGUUUGCGUUUGUAUCAGAUUGUCGACCGGUGUCACUUUGCUGCUGUGUUGUCGUUGGAUCCAAGUGGAUGCAAACGUGGAUAAGUGAGCAUUUUUCCAGUUCUAAUUCCAGGCUGCAAUAAAUUUUUUUCAGCAGUGAG